AUGGUAGGGUUUCAUUGUGGCAGGGUUCCAGUGCAGUGGAGAGAAGAUGACGACGGGUUUCUGUGUCGUAAGAGAAAAGACGAAUACGACGGGUUUCUGUCCAUAGUGGAUAAUGAUGACGAACUUCAAAGUAUGUUCUUGCUUGCCAAAUCAAUGGAGGUUCAACAUGUAGAUGUUGGUGUUGAAUUGAAAAGUGAACUACUUGGGAUUAAUAGGUGUAAUUUGGACAGUGAUGAUGAGCUUCAAAGUAUUGAUAAUGAUCAAGAUGAUGAAGAUGAGAAUAUAGCAAUCGGUUCUUCUUCUUCUUCUCAAACACACAAUAAUUUCUCCAUCAAACUUGAUUUCACACACACACACACACACACUCCUUAUACUCAUUCACACACAGUUCCCUCACCGCCGCUGCUACCAUUUCAUCGAUUCACACACAUUGUCAUUGUGCCGAUCGGCUCACCGCCGACAGCUUUUCCUCACCGCCGCCGUUGGUUUCUCCUUCUCUUGUUGCCGAUCGUUAGCCCCUCUUUUCCUCACCGCCACUGUUGUGCCGAUUGGCUCACCACCACCGCUAAAGCCAACCGUAGUUAUCAGAAGGAUAUAUCAGCUUUCCGAGAGGCCAGAGACUCCAAUGCCAACGCAUUAGUUGCUCAAGAGGAUGGUCAGGGGAGUGUGAUUUCUGGAGAAGAGUGGGUGUAUGACAGCUCUUCAGGCUAUUAUUGUAAUCAAAAUAAUGGUUGUUUCUAUGAUCCAAACUCUCUCUUCUACUACACUGAUGCUUUAGGUAGGUGGGUGACACGAGAAAACGCUUUUGCUGCAUCUCGAGCUUCUUCAAAUUCAGCUUCAAAAAAGCCCAUUUUGAAAAAGCCAUUGUCAGCUUUAGAGGGUAGAUCAGCUUUGGAAAACAAAGGCGCUACAAAAUCUCCGAAUGGAGCGCUACAUGGGCCAGUUGUUUCUGCACCUCUGAAUCCCAAGAGAUCCGUUAAAGGUGCUCCUUCAUCUCUCACUGUUAACAAGAGAAAAAGGCAAGAUGAAAAGCCCAAGGUUUUAUCUGAAGAGGAAGCAGCUGCACUUAAAAAAAAGGAGGCUGCAAGGAAGAGAGUUGAGGAGAGAGGGAAGCCGUUGCUUGGCCUUUAUAGACAAUGAUUGAAUCACUACUGCAAAUACUUGUAUUAUUGUAAGAGGUAUGUUUUAACCUGUUUGUUCUUUAUUUAAAUUGCAAUACAUUAAUUGGUGCACUACCCUGUCAGACAGCUAAAAUGUUGGCUAUGUGAGAAUUGCUGGAAUGUUAUUUUCUUUCUGACCCUUGUAAGUUGUAACCAUUUUCAAGUUCAUGGUUUUGGUAUCAUGGUCCAACUUGUUAGAAUGUACCCUAGAAAAUAUAAAA